GGCUGUUGAAUGAAAGCUUUCUCUGCUUGUGGGUGGAAUGGUUCUCUGCAGCCAACCUGUGGUGCUGACUGAGGUCUCCCUCUGCUGGUAGGCAAUGGGCAAUGCCACUGUGGCCGCUGUGAAUGCCACACAAACUACACUGGCAGUGCCUGCGAGUGCAGCCUGGAUACGAGCGGGUGCACACAGGAUGGUGCUGUGUGCAGUGGUCACGGGCAAUGUGUCUGCAACAGAUGCCAAUGUGAUGCAGGCUGGUUUGACAGCCACUGCAGCCGCUGCGCCGACUGCCAGACGCCCUGCGAGGAGCACAGGGACUGUGCGGAGUGCAAGAUCUUUGGAACCGGGCCGCUGAGUGGGAAUUGUAGUACGUCCUGCCACCAGGCAGUGGAAGUGUCGCCCGCAUUUCAUGUGAACGAGACUUGGUGCCAGACGAAAGCAGACGACGGCACACUCUUCAGAUACCACGUUGAAAAGGAUGAGACAGGCAGAGUCACCUUGAUGGUGAACACCAAAGAGGGUACUUCUAGGCAGACAUUCAAGUGGGUGGUGCUGGGCUCAGUGCUGGGCCUGGUGUGUGUCGGACUGAUCGUCAUUGUGGGUUACCGCAUCGCGGUGGAGGUCUACGACCGGAAAGAGUUCAGCCGUUUUGAAAAGGAGCGCAAAGAGGCCAAGUGGAACGAGGCAAAUAAUCCAUUGUUCCGGAGCGCCACCACUACGGUUAUCAACCCCAAAUACAGUAAUUAAGAAAAGGAAAAUAAUAAUAAUAAUCAUAAAAAACAAAGUAAUCACAUCUUGAGAAGACAGCUCUACCGGGCUUUGUUUCCCUCUAAGUCCACAGCCAGUCCAUGAGGCUCAGGAAGCUUGUAAUGUUAAACAAUUGGACCAAGGUGCCUUGUUUUCCUUUGCCCUCCUCACUCCUUUCUCCUUUUGUGUCAUGUCCUUCUGGAUAAUAAACCUGAAGAUAGAGACUGUGAGUUGUUUCUUAUCGCUUAGGUAAGGAGCUGUGGCGAAGUGUGAUACAAACAAACCAUACAAUGUAAACACAACCUCUUACGAUGGAUAGAAUGUAGCUCAAGUGUGUGCAGCUUGUAGUCCCGCAGAUAUUGUUGGAUCACAGAAACACUGGAGAAUGACUUCACUCCCUGCAAACUUGAAGUGAAGAUCUGAGGAAUUACUAUACCUAGCAGCUAAAAACGGAACCUCAAAAUUAAGCCAGUAACUUUUACUGGCUCUUAUUUCUGCAAAUGUUGGAGGUUUCUGAGAGGGACGAAGAAGUAAUAUGUAAGGUUCUUGUUAUUUUAAUGUAAAUUCUGAAAAGAGCACAUCCAAUUAAACUAAUUUGUCCAGA